AUGCUUCAGUUUGCUGAUGAUUUGGUAAUCUGGGCAGCGAGCAGCAGUAGAGCGGAGGUCACGAGGAAAUUGUCGGAGGCAACCGAGAAGAUAGAGUGGUUUCUUCAUAGUAAGGGCCUCGAUCUUUCGAUCAGCAAAUCUGCAUCGAUCAACUUUACGAGGAGCACACGCUCUCGACCGGAUAGGGAGGCUGUCGUCGUUCAUCGGCGGGAGAUUCCUGUUGUUGCUAAGCAUAGGUUCUUGGGCGUUCUGAUAGACCGGAGCUUCUCGGGCAGAGCACAUCUGGAAUACAUCACAAACAAGUGUCGCAGUAUCGUCAACGUAAUAUCUUCUUUGGCGGGAGUGUGGUGGGGUGCCCACCCACUGCUUCUACUAAACGUUUACAGAGCACUGAUGCGGAGUGUCAUGGAAUACGGACACCAAAUUUUUUUUACAAAGGGUAACCUCACGAAGCUGGAAGUUCUUCUGAAACUGAGAAAUCGAGCGCUGAGAACGGCACUGGGAUACCGCGCGUCCACUCCCAUCAAUGUCAUCCUCGAUGAAGCCAGGGAGCCUCCAUUCCUGAUUAGAAUGGAAAUGCUGAACACCAGGUUUAUCUACAGAUGUGCGGCUAGGCUGGACAGCUCGGUCAUUGGCGAGAUCGAUGCUAUGGCGGCCAGUUCUACUUCCUUCCAUCGUAGAGUCUGGAUGAUACAGAAUAUACCUACAGUCAAGACAUACAUCAAAAUUAAGGACGAUUUGGCGGGGGUUCACGGGACGGCGGGCCCUCCUUGUUUCUCGGGGAGCCUUGGUUCAUUGACCUGCCGCCCUGAGUACGUGCGCUGCUUCUUGCAGGAUAACGGAGAUCGUGCUGACAUUAUGGCUGCCUUCAGAGAACAGGUAGGAGAAAUUCUCGACGGAGCACUUACGAUUUACACUGACGGUUCCAGGACGAGCGGAGAGUUUCCCAGCACAGGAGCUGGUGUCUAUUCGCCAGAGCUUAAUGUGCGCAUCUAUACCAGGCUACCGGGUAUUGCUUCGAUUUUUUCGGCCGAGGCCUGGGCGAUUGUAUUGGCCUUGGAACUAUGUCUGGAACAAGGCAAAAGCUAUAAGAACGUAGUGGUGCUUUCGGACUCCAGGAGUGUUCUGGAUGCAGUGACCUCGGCGGACCCAUUUCCGAAGAAUUAUUUGAUCUCACGUAUCAGAGAGCUGGUGUUGAGUGCGAGAGAAGCGGAAAUCAACGUUACGAUGGUAUGGAUACCCUCUCACAGAGGUAUAAUUGGCAACGAGGAGGCGGAUAGAUUAGCGGCGAAGGCGCACUCUGCAAAUAUAUCGGAGAGCUUCAAGAUACCAUUCGCAGAUUUAUAUACCUCGGCCCGUAGCAAUAUGCAAUCAGCUGCUAGUGAGUUUCACAAAAAUAAGGCACAAGAAAAGGGCAAAUUGUAUUUUCAACACUUCCAUUCAAAUGCUCCCAGACCAUGA